CCUUUUUGUGCUUUCACUUUGGUUUAGAUUGAAACAAAGAUGAGGCCUCCAUUACUCAAAGCACAAACGGAUGUAUACUAUUACUGCGUUCUCUGUUUGGUUUAGAUCGAAACGUAAUCUCUCAAUAUUAACGCUAAUCGUAGGAACAGUAACCGAGUAACUGAAGCAGAGGCUCUGUAGAUGGUAAUAAUGCUACGGUGAGAUUCAGCGAGGAAAGGAAUUGCAGGAAUGAUAUAGCAUUUACUUGGUGGCUGCUAAUUAAAACAUAGGAUUCCUUGUCUUGUUUGUAUAUGUUAAAUUGCAUAACUCAGAUAUUCUGGCUCUUGGUGUGUAUUUGAGAUGGUCAGCUGAAAUGCCAAUGAUUCGAUACAAGAGAAUCAACAACAUUUUGUCAUGUUUUGGAACUCAGUCUCAAUCUCCUUUCUUGAAUGCUUGAUUUUGUUUUACUUGUUAUAUUCUCUUUCAUUAUAUAUAUAUGCACUAGAUGCUAUAUCUAUAUGAGAUUAUAUUUGGAAGCUGUCAGUGAAACUUAAACGAGAGCAUAUUUGAUUCGUACUUCGCUUCAACAAUCAUGGGCAGCUCGGGUGCGAAAUCUCUAAGAUUUCAGGACGACAUUGAAACCGGGCCCAGCAAGUACAAUGGUGAGAUGCAUUGCAGCAAGAAGAAGCUUUCGAGAGUAUUCUCCGAGGACUACCAAAUAGUGCAAAAGAAGAUAUUUGAUCCACGAGGAACUUUUCUAAGCGCGUGGAAUAAAUAUUUUCUAAUCGCAUGUCUCAUUUCCCUGUUUGUGGACCCUCUCUUCUUCUACUUGCCCAAUGUCGCGGAAGAAGCCUGCAUGCAAGCAUCCAUCCCCCUCGAGAUAGCCCUCACACUCACUCGUUGCAUCCUCGAUGCAUCUUAUGUCACUCACAUUUUUGUCCGGUUUAGAACGGCCUUCACUGCCCCUUCCUCUCGCAUAUUUGGGAGGGGAGAGCUGGUUAUCAACUCCUCAAAGAUCGCUUCUAGAUAUCUUCGUAAAGACUUUUGGUUUGAUUUAUUAGCCGCUCUGCCUCUUCCACAGUUGUUGAUAUGGGUCGUGAUCCCAUUCCUGAGAGGCUCAAAUGUGAUCGGUGCAAAACAUGGGCUCCGCGUGACAAUCAUAGUUCAAUUUGUGUUGAGGCUAUAUCUUGUUUUCCCGCUGUCGUCUAAGAUCAUCACGACUGCUGGUGUGGUGGUGGAAGCAGCAUGGGCGGGUGCAGCUUUCAAUCUCAUGCUCUUUAUGCUGGCAAGCCAUGUGAUCGGUUCCCUUUGGUACCUGUUGUCGAUCGAGAGGCAAGAAAUGUGUUGGAAGAGCGUCUGCGAUGCUCAACCAAAGUGUCACUACUUGUAUUUCGACUGCAAAACAGCCGGUGAUCCUGAGAGAAGAUGGUGGUUUGCAUCCAGCAAUAUUACUGUAAUGUGCGGCGCAGGCACCCAAUUUUAUGACUUUGGGAUCUAUGGCGACGCGCUGCUUCAUCGAGUUGCCAAGUCGAGCUUCCCUACCAAAUACUCCUACUGUUUUUGGUGGGGACUAAGAAAUCUAAGCUCUCUUGGACAGAAUCUACUUACAACUAGUUAUAUAGGAGAGAUAAAUUUUGCCAUAGCCAUUGCCAUUCUUGGAUUGGUGCUCUUUGCAUUGCUCAUAGGCAAUAUGCAAGCAUAUCUCCAAUCUUCAACUGCGCGAUUGGAAGAGUGGAGGGUUAGACGGAUCGACACAGAGAAAUGGAUGCAUCAUAGGCAACUCCCUCACGAGAUGAAGCAGAGGGUGCGCAGUUAUGAUCUGUAUCGAUGGGUUACGACCCGAGGUGUCGACGAGGAAGCUAUUCUCAAAGGUCUGCCUCCUGAUCUCCGCCGUGACAUCAAACACCAUCUCUGCCUCGACCUUGUUCGCCGAGUUGCCCUGUUCGAGGAGGUGGACGAGCUGAGCCUGGACGCGAUAUGCGAGAGGCUCAAGCCCAUUCUGUGCACCCCCGGGACCUGCCUGGUCCGGGAGGGGGACCCUGUGGUGGAAAUGCUCUUCAUCCUCCGCGGGCGCCUUGACUCCUACACGACCAACGGUGGCAGGACAGGUUUUUUCAACUCUUGUCAAUUGGGAUCGGGAGAGUUUUGCGGGGAGGAGCUGCUGAGCUGGGGCCUGUGCAGGCGGCCGAACGUCCUCCUCCCAACGUCAACACGGACGGUGAGGGCCAUGACGGAGGUGGAGGCAUUCGCGCUGGGGGCGGACGACGUCAAGUUCGUAACGUCUCAGUUCAGGAAGCUGCACAACAAGCAGCUGAGGCAUAAGUUCAGGUUCCACUCGCAGCAGUGGAGGACGUGGGGCGCGUGCUUCAUCCAGGCGGCCUGGUUUAGGUAUAAGAGGAGGAAGGAGGCCGCGGUGUUCAAGGCCAGGGAGAGCUCGUUGCUGCCCGAAUUCGCGGUUUAUGCUUCAUCCGUUCGGAGCUUGAGGAACGCCUCGCAGAUGGAGAUCAUUACUGCCUUGAUGGACAAGCCUGCUGACCCUGAUUUUUCCAAUGAUGAUGCUCAAACACAAACUUAGAUCAACAAAUUACAUGCAAAUAUUCAUGUUCAAACUCAAAAUGGCUAGGGAAGAUAGUGUCACAUUAGUAUUCACAUAUCAAAUGAAAAUUGCAAUGAAUCAGAUUAUUAACAUGCUAGAUUGAGCCAUAU